AUGGACACUAUUGAUGUUCGCUUGAAAGCGUAUCGUUUUGUCACAUUUUCGGCUGUCGCGUUUUGCGUUGUUUCGGUUUUAUCGGUAAGUUGCAAUGAGAGAAGGUUUGGGUUAGGUUUAUGGAUUUAAGCGAAUGCAGGAAGUUAGUGUUAGGGGAAAGCUAGGGAUUUAGAAGAUCUUGAACUCAAGAAAACUUAAAGGCCAAAACUUUUACAACCUUUCAGCGAUUUAAUUUAUUAUCAACUUCAAUAUGUUAAUCUUCUAGGUAUGCAUAACCCUUCCAAUGGUCUACAACUACAUCUCAUCAAUGAAGAUGAGAAUGGUUAGCGAGGUUCAAUUCUGCAAAAGCUCUGCAGCUCAAGUUUUCGACGAAGUCAACUACCUUCGCUCAUCCUCCCCAAUCACCAAUUCAUCGCGUCAUGCUAGACACGCUGGAUAUGGAGGUUAUGCCCUUCCACCUCCUCCACCACAACCAGUUCCACAAGGUGGAGGUGGAUGUAACACUUGCUGUCAACCUGGUCCACCAGGAGCUGCUGGAACUCCAGGACAUCCAGGAAGACACGGAGCACCGGGAGCUCAUGGACUUCCUGGAAAUCCAGGAAAGAGUGCGAGCGGACCAUGUCAACAGACUGUUGUCACACCGUGCAAACCUUGCCCAGGAGGACGGCCAGGUCCACCAGGGCCAGGGGGAUUACCAGGGUUUGAUGGAACUCCAGGUCGACCAGGAGUUUCUGGAGGUGCGGGAAGACCAGGGCCACCAGGACCAAAGGGACCACGAGGAGCACCGGGUAACCCAGGAAGCCCAGGCGGCGCCGGACAACCAGGACGACCAGCAAACGGAGGACAAAGUGGGGCGGCCCUUCCAGGGCCACCAGGGCCACGCGGACCACCAGGGCCAGCCGGACAACCGGGACAAUCUGGAGGAGGUCGACCAGGACCAGCGGGACCAAAAGGAGCACCAGGAGGUCCAGGACGUCCAGGACCAGACGGACAACCUGGACAACCAGGAGCACCAGGAAAAUCUGGAGGAUCUGGAGAGCGCGGAGUUUGCCCGAAAUAUUGUGCUGUCGAUGGUGGAGUGUUUUUCGAGGAUGGAACUGUCAGACGUCGCUAG